AUCUCAAAAUUAUUAUUAUGAACAAACAAAAACCAAAAAAUCUCUCAAAUUUUGUGUCUAAAUCCCAUCUUUUCUUUCCUACAACCCCAACAAUCUAUGCUCACUUCUCUCCGCCGUCCACCCAUUCACCGCCGCAACCGCCGCCGCCGCCGCCGUCCGACCUCAAUCACCCAAUAACCAGAUUCCCACCUCUGUUUUUCCUCUCUCUGUUUCUUUCUUCCGCCGCCGUACAGGACUUUCAAUUCUACUCUGUUUAUUUUAAAGGGGUUUUUCGUAUGCUGCCCGGCGAUGCCGACGCCGGUGAGCGCUGCAAGGCAAUGCUUGACGGAGGAGGCGGCUAGGGCUUUAGAUGAUGCUGUUUCCGUUGCUCGCCGCCGCUGCCACGCUCAAACUACCUCUCUUCAUGCUGUCUCCGCUUUGUUGUCUUUACCUUCCUCUGCUCUUCGCGACGCCUGCUCUCGCUCCCACAGCUGCGCGUACCCUCCACGCCUCCAGUUCCGAGCACUCGAUUUGUCCGUCGGCGUAUCUCUCGAUCGGCUUCCUUCAUCUAAACCCUCCGAUGAGCCACCGAUUUCGAAUUCUCUCAUGGCCGCCAUCAAACGAUCCCAAGCCAAUCAACGGCGACACCCAGAUAGCUUCCAUCUCUAUCAGAUUCAUAAUCAGCAACAAACCCCUUCGAUUUUAAAGGUAGAACUUAAGUAUUUUAUUUUGUCGAUUCUUGAUGAUCCGAUUGUGAGUAGGGUUUUUGGUGAAGCUGGGUUUCGAAGCUGCGACAUUAAAUUAGCGAUAAUGCAUCCACCUCUGUCUCACCAUCCUUCCCGAUUCUCCCGUUCCGGUCGUUUCCCUCCGAUUUUCCUCUGUAAUCUCCCGGAUUCCGAUGUGGGUAACCGGAAUUUCCCCUUCCCUUUCACUAGCAGCCAUGGAAAUAGCGAUAACGAUGCCAAUUCCCGAAGAAUCGGUGAGGUUUUAGUGAGGAAAAAACAGAGGAAUCCAUUAUUGAUUGGUGUCUACGCCGUUGAAGCUCUCCGGAGCUUCACUGAUUGUGUUCAUAGCUGUAAAUCAGAUGUUCUUCCAGGGGAACUUUCUGGAUUAAGGGUAGUUUGCAUUGAGAAGGAGAUUUCUGAAUUUGUGAGUGGAAAUGGAAGCAAAGAGAGUGUAAAAUUGAAAUUUGAGGAGGUUUCUGAGAUGGUUCAGCAAUGUUCAGGGCCUGGUUUGGUAGUGAAUUAUGGGGAAUUGAGUAGCUUAGAAGAAGAUGAUGAUGAUAGCAAUGGCAUGAGUUUUGUGGUAUCACAACUUACAUCUUUGUUGAAACUUCACAAUGGGAGACUUUGGUUGAUUGGAGCUGUGGGAACUUACGAGCUGCACGAGAAGUUUCGGGUUCGGUUUCCAGCCAUUGAAAAGGAUUGGGAUGUUCAUGUUCUUCCCAUAACUUCCAAGUCCAUGGUGGAUGUGUUUGGAGGUAAAUCCAGUUUAAUGGGAUCGUUCGUCCCAUUCGGUGGAUUUUUCCCUUCACAAUCGAGUUUCCCAAGUCGGUCAAGCAGUUUGAAUCAGUUCACUCGCUGUCAUCAAUGCACCGAAAAAUACGAGGAGGAAGUUGCUGCUAUAUGGAAGCCAGGAUCGACUACUCUCCCCGGUCGACACGCUGAAAGUUCCUUACAUAUACCAACGACUGAACCGGAUGCAAAAACCAAGGAAUUUGAUGUGUGUAAGACCAGUGACGACGACACAAGUACAUUGAGUGAUAAGCUAAUUGGACUGCAAAAGAAGUGGAACGAUAUCUGCCGUCUUCAUCAAACGCAACGGUUCCCGAAACUCGACAUUUCACAUACUAGGCAUGGGAUGGUUCUUGAGUCAACUCGAGUUGCUUUAGAUCACGAUAGAAGUGGUGAAGAACCGUCAUCUGUAACCGGAGGAAGAUCUGUAAGUACAAAUCCGAGGUUAUCUAGAGACUUGCAUAACAAGCAAGGCAGGCAGAUAUCGGAGAUUUCCGACACUCACACCGAUAGUUUCCAACCGAGAACUGUUGUUUCAGAACGGUGUCUUCACUCUGAUAAACUAUUACCCUCACCCGUCUUCUCGGUUACCACUGAUCUGGGUCUUGGGUCGUUAUAUGCAUCAGCUGGUGAGAACAAGAGAAAAGUUUCAGAAUUAGAGAGUCGAACAGAGUGUAGGCCAAGCAACGAUAACCCGGGCCAAUCGCUCGGUUGCUCUGAUCUGAACACUGGACGACGACCAGUUGAUAUGAGAGAGUUCAAGCCACUCUGGAAUGCGCUGAUUGAAAAAGUUAGGUGGCAAGGAAAGGCCAUAAGUUCUAUUAUCGAAACCAUUCUUCGUUGUCGGAGUGGUAGCGGAAGGCGGCAUUGCUCGAGUUCAAGGCAAGAUAUUUGGCUAACAUUCCUUGGUCCCGACAUGAUAGGAAAGCGUAAAAUUUCGUUAGCUCUUGCUGAGUUGAUGUUCGGAAGCAGAGAAAACCUCAUCACAGUCGAUUUCAGUUCACAGGACCGUGAUCGCCGACCGAACUCACUCUUUGACUGUGAAGGAUUAGAUGGUUACGACGAGCGGUUUCGUGGACAAACUGUUGUUGAUUAUGUUGCUGGGGAGUUGAGGAAGAAACCCUCUUCGGUCGUCCUCCUUGAGAAUGUCGACAAGGCCGACGUUCGGGCCAAGAGUUGCUUGUCCCAGGCAAUCACGACCGGUAAGUUUCCAGAUUCACACGGGAGACAAAUUACCAUAAAUAACACAAUUUUCGUGACAACAUCGAGGAACAAAAACGUCGACAAAACGUUCGAUGUACAGACUGAAUUUUCCGAGGAGAGAAUACUUACAGCCAAGAACUGUCAAAUGCAAUUACUAGUAGGAGGUUUUUCGAGUGAUGUCAAUGAACACAAUGACAUGAACGUUAGAAUUACAUCCGCCCGUGGAGGCUCAAACCUCUCGAAAAAGAGAAAAUUACACGAAUCGACAAGUCGGAAAACGAACUCAGAGUUGCAGAAGAAAGCAUCCUCGUCGAAAUCCUUCCUAGACUUGAAUCUCCCAGUGGAAGAGGUCGAGGAAGAAGAGGAAGAAGAACCCAACAACAGUGAUUCCGAUAGCGACUCGAUAUCAGAAGGCUCGGAGACAUGGUUAGACGAAUUCCUCGAACAAGUAGACGAGAAGGUCAUGUUCAAACCAUAUGAUUUCGACGAAGCAGCGGAGAAGCUAGUGAAGGAAAUACGCUUGCAGUUCGAAAGGGUGUUCGGAAGCAAGGUCGUAUUGGAGAUCGAGUAUGAAAUAAUCGUCCAAAUCCUUGCAGCGAAGUGGCUAUCAGAGAAGAAAGGAGCCAUGGAAGAAUGGGUGGAGCUUGUUCUUCAUAAAAGCUUUGUGGAAGCAGAACAGAAGUACCAAAUGGGGUCUGGUUCUGUAAUCAAACUUGUUUGUAAACAAAAUGGUGUAGUUGAAGAACAAGCAGCUGGUGUUGUUCUACCUGCUACGAUCAAUUUGAAUUGAACUACAUUUUUUUUUGUAAUGUAAAUUAAUUAUAUUUGUAUAAUCCGAGUUUUAGCAUUUAAUCUUUCAGAAAUUUGUGUACUUUUGAACUAAAAAUUCGAAGGAAAGAUUCUUUGUUCG